ACCGGGUCCCGGCUGGAGAUUCCCCGCCACGCCUGGCAAUCGCCGAGGAACACUGACGAGGGAGAGCACCGGUAUGCUGCCUUGUAUUGCGUAGCAGAGCAAUACAAAACAGCAUGCCUCCCUAGUAAGACACAGCACACAGUAAAACACACAGAGCACACAGGUAACCCUUUGAUCGCCCCAUAUGUUAACCUUUUCCUGCCCAGUGUCAUUAGUACAGUGUCAGUGCUUUUUAUUAGCAAUGAUCACUGUAUUAGUGUAACUGGGGAUAUCAGUGGCAGUUAGUCAGUCCCCCCCAGUGUCAGAAUGCCCACCGCAGCCUCGCUAUAA